AUGAUCGACAAAGCUACGGCAGAAUGGCAGUCUUGGGCUCAGGACGCAAAGUUCGGCUUGCUGCUUUCCAAAGCCGCAGACAACGCGGCAAGUGAUGCCGAUGAGGGCAGUGGAGAGAGCGCAGUUCAGACCGCCGUCAAGGCUUUCCAAAACGCUCUUGGACGGUUGGGCGACGCGUCUGAUUGCAAGGAAGCUGCUUUACAGCCCUUCGUUUGUACUGCUCUUGUUGCCAAGCUGGCACAAGUCCUGUCAAUCAAGAUUGGCGAGAUUCAGCCUUCGAGGUCAGCAAUCCAGUAUGGAAUGGAUUCGCUCAUCGCUAUCGAGGUUAGGUCUUGGGGGAGAUACGCAUUCCAUAUUGAUCUGCCUAUCAAUGACUUGACGAACCCUUAUAGUAUUCAGGAUUUGGCCGCUAGGGUAUCUCGCAUGAACGUUUAA